UACCCCUUCUUCAGUGCCCCUUUGUGGAGCUUACAAGGCUGGCCUCAGGGGCCACCUUCCUGGGAAACGGUCAUGGACAGAUCUGGUUUUAAAUUUAGACUUGGCUCUGUGACCUCAGGCACACUCUCUGGACUUCAGUUUCCUCAUCUGUAUCAUGGGUCUAUUGCCCCAGUAAAAUAAUGGCUGUAAAAAUGCCCUGACACAGUUCCUGGCCCACUGUAAGUGCUCAAGAAAAGGUAGUCAAUAUUAUUGUGUUUUUUCAUUCUACAAAGAGUUUCUGAGACCACUCUGGGCUAGGUGCUGGAAUGGCAAAGAUGAAUGAGCACUAGUUAUACCUGUGAAGAGCUCGUGGUCUGGCAGGGAAGUCACCCAGGGAAACAGAUAAGCAUACCAAUCGGCACUGGAGUGCUGGACCAGACCUGGGUGGUGUCCUAACUCGAUUACUUGCUAGCUGUGUGACUUUGGGGAGGUUGGUCAACCUCUCUGAGCUGCAGUUUCCUCUUCUGUUAAAUGCACAUCUCACAGGAUCAUUGGGAAGAUUCAGUGCCAUGAUGCAUAUGACACACUCAGCACAGUGCCUGGCACGUAGUAGGUGUUGAAAUCAAUAGUAGCUGCCAUUUUAUUAUUAUUGUUAUUGUUAUUGUUAUUCCCAUAUACAAGGUGCUGUUGGGAACACAGAGGAAGUGACUGACUGGGGGUUCAGGGAAAGCUCCGUAGAAGAGGGAACACUUGAGCUGGGUCUUGAAGGAUGAGUAGAAGUUCACCAAGUGGGAAAGGACACUCUAGGAUGGCCGAGCCUCGAUUUAACAACCCCUACUUCUGGCCCCCUCCUCCCACCAUGCCCAGCCAGCUGGACAACCUGGUCCUGAUUAACAAGAUCAAGGAGCAGCUGAUGGCGGAGAAGAUCCGGCCGCCUCACCUGCCGCCCACGUCGGCUUCGUCGCAGCAGCCGCUGCUGGUGCCGCCGGCGCCGGCCGAGAGCAGCCAAGCCGUCAUGUCGCUGCCCAAGCUGCAGCAGGUGCCGGGGCUGCACCCGCAGGCCGUGCCGCAGCCCGACGUGGCGCUGCACGCGCGGCCGGCCACCAGCACCGUCACAGGUCUGGGGCUCUCCUCCCGGACCCCGGCUGUGAGCACGUCCGAGUCGAGUGCAGGCACGGGGACCAGCACCCCGUCCACGCCCACCACCACCAGCCAGAGCCGCCUCAUCGCCUCGUCCCCCACCCUCAUCUCAGGGAUCACCAGCCCCCCCCUCCUGGACUCCAUCAAGACAAUCCAGGGCCAUGGCCUGCUUGGCCCCCCCAAGUCCGAGCGUGGCCGCAAAAAGAUCAAGGCGGAGAACCCAGGGGGGCCGCCCGUCCUCGUAGUCCCCUACCCCAUCCUGGCCUCGGGCGAGACUGCCAAGGAGGGCAAGACAUACAGGUGUAAGGUGUGCCCGCUGACCUUUUUCACCAAGUCUGAGAUGCAAAUUCACUCCAAGUCACACACCGAGGCCAAGCCCCACAAGUGCCCGCACUGCUCCAAGUCCUUUGCCAACGCCUCCUACCUGGCCCAGCACCUGCGCAUCCACCUGGGCGUCAAGCCCUACCACUGCUCCUACUGUGAUAAGUCCUUCCGACAGCUCUCCCACCUCCAGCAGCACACCAGAAUCCACACAGGCGACAGACCCUACAAGUGCCCACAUCCUGGCUGCGAAAAGGCUUUCACUCAGCUCUCCAACCUCCAGUCUCACCAGCGCCAGCACAACAAGGACAAGCCCUACAAGUGUCCCAACUGCUACCGGGCCUACUCGGACUCCGCGUCCCUGCAGAUCCACCUCUCCGCCCACGCCAUCAAGCACGCCAAGGCCUACUGCUGCAGCAUGUGCGGGCGGGCCUACACCUCGGAGACCUACCUGAUGAAGCACAUGUCCAAACACACGGUGGUGGAGCACCUGGUGAGCCAUCACUCGCCCCAGAGGACGGAGUCCCCCGGCAUCCCGGUGCGAAUUUCCCUCAUCUGAGCCGACCCAAGGCGCCGCCCCACCCUGCCCACUGGCAGACACAGACCCAGGCAGCACCAGGCCCCAGCUUCCUCCAGGGGCCCUCCAGGAACAGCCGAGCUCUCUCAUGACCUUCCUGACCUUCCAGAAAGCCUGGGCUGCAGAAGCCCUGCCCGGUCCAGCUCCGGGGGCGGCCAGGCCAACUGCAAGAUUCUGGACUGUUUUGGUGGCAUCCAAAGACGAUCUCAGAGCACUUUGAACCUCUCUGUUGGGUUUCUUUUUGUUCCCCACCCUCCACUUGCUUCACUGUUUUUGUUUUUAAGUUUGUUUUGGAAAUAACAAAAAAGAUAUUUAUUGGCCAAGAAGUUGGUGCUGCUAAGACCGAGAAAUUAAAAGAAUCGGACAGAUGGACACAGAGAACCAGAGGGCAGCGUGGGACCUUCUCUUGCCACAGCCUCAGGUCUUGAGGGAGGGCUCAGGCCUGGGUUUCUGGACUGCAAAGGGGACCCCCCCCCCAGGUGGGAGGGGACAGGAAGCAUCUGGAGUGAGCCACUCACCCCUAGGUGCCCAGCUCCAACCUCUCGGGCUACACCCUGGGCAUUACUGAGCAGAGGGAUGAGGCAGCUCCUGGGGCUGCCCAGGCUUCAGGAGGCAAAACAGGAGAGGGGCUGGGAGAUCCGCAGGACCAAAGGGUGCAACGUUGGGCUGGGCUGGGCACAGGCCCAGGGAAAUGGGGUGAGGGUGGGCUGGGUAAGACCUGGCCCUCCACUGCCCUGAAGACCACCCCAGUCUACCUCGGUGCUGCCCAGGAAACCUAUUGGCUACCUCUCCCACCAUCCCAGACUGUGGGCAGGGGGGUGGGGAGGGAGUGGGCCUAGGCUUAGGACCCCCCCCCUCCAGAAUUUCCUCCAGAUGGGGCAGUGCCCAGGGAGGGGUUAUGUGUCUUCCCUGUCAUGAAGGGGGGAAUCCCCAGUCCAGGCCCUAGGCCCCUCGGCAGGGAAGGGAUCCUCGGGGAGGAGGGUCCCAGGAGCAGACCCUGCCCUCAGCCCCCACAGACACACCCCGAUCUGAAAGCCAUGCGUGUCCAUGUAUAUAGGAACUAUGUACAGAGCCCGGAGAAGCCCCCCUUCAUCCCCCGGGGAAAAAAAAAAAAAAAAAACUAGACAGAAACUCAUCUAUAUAUUCUGUAUCUGGAGUUCCGUUUUGAAUAUUAACUGUGUUAUUUUUAUACACUUUUUAAGCCUUAACUCGCCAUUGAUUUACCAGUUUAACGUUUCCUGGGGUUUUUUUUCCCAUGGGGUUCUCUGCCCCAGCCCCCACCCCUUUGUUUGACUUGCGUCGUCGGAUACUCAGUAUUGUAGCUUUUUGUCCGCAUGUUACUACCCUGUAAAUACGCUGUCAUACAUACUGUUAACACCCCAUUUGCUUUUUUCUAUGGGACCUCCAGGCCACCAUAUUUAGAACUAGUUACCUUAUUAAAAAAGAGAAAACAGUCUGUCGGCUUCUCAGUCUGCAUCUUGGUGGCAGGGAGGUGAGGGCAGGUGCCCCUCGAUGCUUCAGGAAACAGGUUUGCAUUCUAUUUAAGAGAAGGGGUGGGGAGCAAAAUAAAAAUCCAGUGUGGGGGAAGACACUACAUGGGGCGAGAGACAAAGAAUUCCAAACCCUCUGCUCUUUGUAUUUCUCUGUUGUGAAGAAUAAACUGUACCUGCACCUGG